UCCGGUUUCGAUGUUCAAGUGUUAAAUAUGGCACACCAACAACAAUUUCUACUGACGGAUCUGCAACACGAAGCAUUGGCAAAAGUUUUCAAGUUUGCUGAUGUCGAAGAAAAAGGUUAUGUUGAUGUCGAGACUAUCUCAACCUUGGCCGUGCAAUUACUUGGGCAUUUGACAGAAAGUCAAAAACAUUAUAUAAAAGUUGUAUCGGAUGAAAAGUCGGAGAAAGGUCUGCUGUCUUCGAACAGUUUUAUUGAUAUAAUGUCGAAAGUGAUGAUACAAACGACUCGAUGGGGAAAGAUGAAAACUGCUUUGGAUAGUUAUGUUGGUUUUGACACCAUCCAGGAGCAGAUCAGGAAGAAAUCACUCAAACGUGGAUUCGAGUUGAACAUCAUGGUUGUUGGGGCGUCUGGUUUGGGAAAGUCAACUUUGGUGAACACAUUGUUUAAGGCAAAGCUGAGUCGCACAUCGUCCAUAACUCAGCCGUUUGCCAUUCCAAAGACUGUUGAAAUCAAGACAAUUAGUCAUGUAAUUGAAGAGAAAGAAGUUCGUCUUCGUUUGACGAUUACAGAUACUCCCGGGUUUGGUGAUCAAGUAAACAAUACAAACUGCUGGGAGCCAGUUAUUGAGUACAUACAUGAUCAGUUCGAUCACUACUAUCGAGAGGAGUCGAGUAUUUUUAGAAAAGCAAGGAUUCCUGACACAAGAGUCCAUUGUUGUCUUUACUUUAUUGAACCCACAGGGCACAGAUUAAAAGCACUUGACCUGGAGUUUAUGAAACGCCUCGACAAGUGCGUGAAUAUUAUUCCGGUUAUUGCGAAGUCAGAUACGCUGACUUUGGAGGAAAGGCAAGCGUUCAAACGUCGAAUUCGUGAAGAUUUGAGUGAUGACGUCAACAUAUAUCCCAUAAUUCACGACGAGCUUGAUGAAGAUGAAGUCCGAACUAGUAUGAAGAUUAAGGAGCAACUUCCGUUUGCUGUGGUUGGUAGUGACAGACAUGUUUCAGUUGGGGGAAAGUCUGUUCUUGGUAGAAAAACCCGAUGGGGGAUUGUUGAGGUUGAAAACAAGAAUCAUUGUGAGUUUACAUUGCUUCGUGAUUUGUUGAUAAAAACUCACAUGCAGGAUUUGAAAGAAGUCACUGACUUCUUGCACUACGAGAGUUAUCGCAGGCAAAGAUUCUCACGACCAAACAGUGGCGAAACUUCUCCUUCAGAUGAGAAACGUCCUGUGACGCAAUCAGGCGAAUUACUCAGCGAAAGUGAUAUAUAAGAAAUGACCUCAAAAAUACAUCUCGUUUUUCCAUAAUUGUUUGUAUACUUUUUAGUAUAUCGAUGUACAUCUCACGUAAAUUUUGUUCUAUUUAGAAUUUAGCUUCAAUCAUUUUAUUGAGUUUUCGAAAACAUUGUGCUGUCUUUUGAUUUUGCUAACACGAAGUAUAGUAGACUAUGUGAAACUGUAAUGAGAAUUUACAAAUUAAUCAUCUUUUUUCAGGAAAACACAUUAAAUUUUGACAAAAACCCAGUA